CAUGGGUAUCUGUAGAUCUGAACCUUUGCCAGGAGGACUUUAACAAUAAGAGGGAAAGCCUGAAGAUAUUAAAUAAGGUUUAGAAGAAAACCCACAAUAAAUAGAAAACCCAAAAUAAAAUGAAAACCAACAAUAAAAUGAAAAUAAUGAAAAUGAAGCAGCAGUCAAAAUUUAAAGUGGUAUUAGAGGAAAGAAAGCAAAAUAAGAGUUAUAAAAAAAAAAAGAGGAACUGGAGUCAGACAAACCUAAAGAUUGGACAGAAUAUUAAUAAUAAUUUAUAGAGCCUCCUUUGCCUACUUAAUUUAAAGAUUUAGUCAAUUAUAAACCAACAAAUGAAAAUCGAAUCCUUCCUCCUUACUUAGGACCAGAUGGAAGUGUUUACAAUGGAUAAUGGAAUAAAGGAGAAGCAAAUGGAUUUGGAUAAAUGUUAAAACCUGAUGGAACAUAUCUAAAAGGAUUGUGGAAAUAUAAUAUCUUUACAGAAGGAGGCAUUCUUUAUCCAAAUGGAGAUUUUUUUGUAAAUCUUAUUUUCAUUAUUUUUUAAGAUUGGAAAUUCAAAAUAUGGUCAAAGAUUCUUUGCAAAUGGUGUAAUUUAUAAAGGAGAAGCUGAUUAUGGGAUUCCUCAUGGAUAAGGUGAAGAAACACAUCCAAAUGGUAAUAAAAAUCCAGCACUUUAUAGAUAUGGUAAAAAAGUGGAAUAAGACAUUAGUCAACAGAAUCAAUGAUUUCUUCUUAUUUGAAUUAUAACAUAAAAUGUUGUCGAGAAAUGUUUUUAACAUUUUAUUCAAUUCAUUCAUUUCAAAUAGAUUUUAUGAUCUUUUAAUAUAAGAUAUGUAAAAGAAUAAAGCAAUUCUUAUUAAAAAGAAAUUUUGUAUUUAUUUUAGAAAUCAAAAAAAAUUAAUAAAUAAGAUAUAGGAAGAAUCAUUUUUAAAUUUGUAAAAACUAUGA